UACUGUGACCUACGCUAAAGGAAGAAUGUGCUCUGAAAAGCAGACAUCAGUGGAUGAGUCCUGCUCCAUCACAUAUCCCAGAGAAGUAGGCCUUCAAAGGACUCCUGCAGGUGUGAACUACGUUACACUGACCUGUAACACCAGAUGUCCGCUGGCUGACAACCAAACUGCCUACAGGUGGUACAAGAACAGAAACUUAAUGACGGAUGAGAAGAAACAACAGCUUUCAGUUCCCAGCACCUCUCUUGAUAUCUUCUACUGUGCUGUCAAAGAUCACGAGGAUCUGCACUCUGCUGAAGUCUGCAUUCAUGAUAAGAGCUGCUGGAUUAUAAAUUAUAUCAGAAGGAGAAUCUGCGCCCUGGAAGGCUCUUCAGUGAACAUUUCAAGUGACUAUUUGUAUCCUGUCAACAAGGAACCCAGAUCUAAAGUUUGGUAUAAAAUGAAUAGAAGUGGUAAAGAGAAAGCUGUCAAGCCGACUGAGGAUGCAGGCCGCAUGCAGCAUGUUAACAACAUGAACAACCAGCACAUCCUGAGAAUCAACAACCUGAAGAAGAAUGACUCAGCAGAAUAUACAUUCAAACUCCAAACAGAUGAUGGAGGAUCGAAGACUAAUCCACUUGGAGUGACUCUGAUUGUCUCAGGUUUGGAGGUUAAGUUGCAUCCUGCUGUGGUGACAGAGGGCCAGAGAGUCACACUGACCUGCAGUACCAGCUGUCCUCUGACUGACAACACAAACUACAUUUGGUACCUGAACAGUCGACGUCUGACGGAGCCAGAGAGCCAAAACAAACACCUGCUUAUAGACCCAGUCACCAUUCAACAUGCAGGAAACUACUCCUGUGCUGUCAAAACCCCCCAAAACAUCAGCUCUGGUGAAAAGACUCUAACUGUCCAAAGUAUUACAGGAACAUCAACAGCAGCAGCUGCAGGAGUUGUUGUUGCUCUCCUGGUUAUAAUGCCACUCGCUGUCUUCUUCUGGAUUAGGUGA